AUGGGCGCAUCCGGCUCUAAAGCAGCGCAGCAAACCGUGCGGAAAUUCCCUUCGCGCGCUCCUGGGUCAUCUCCAACGGCGGCUGUUGCAAGCCCAGCAACGCGGUCAACUCCACGGUCGGCUCCCACUCCCUCAGCAGACACGCGGCAGCGGUCUCAGCCGCAGGCUUCCUACACAAAAGAUGACUCAACUCACGCCGACUCGGAGGCUGCAGAUGGUCCCGAACUCAGGCCGGACUUUGCGGGCCGCCUCCAGAAAAUGGGUAUCGUGCAGCCGAAUCCGAUAUUCUCGGCGUCGUCAAUAGCAUCUCCAUUUCCGGAUGCCUACGGAAUCCCUCAUUCACUAUCGAACCCACAGUAUCCGUCAUCCUCGAGCAAUGCGACCCUCAGCGUCCUCGAAAUGCGGCGCCAAAUCGAGGCCAGAGCCAAGGAUGAGCUGGACAAUAUGGGCAAGUCGACCGACAAGGGGAAGGAGUUUCUGGACAUUGCUACGGUCAAGCAAAUACUGGUACUACAGCAGGGAGGCGCUUCAGCAAGAGACAUUGAGUCACGGCUAGGGCUCAAGCCUGGUGUUGUCGCGAGGCUGGGCCCGCAGGGGAUCGUGACUCCGGCAUCGUGA